AUGACGCCUGAAAUAACCAUAAAACAUGAGGCAGAAAAAUUGCUUAAAUUACAUCCCAACUUGGAUCUUGAUCCAAAUUCCUCAUUUCAAGGAAUGCAGAAAUACGAUCCAACAAAGGAUAAUGUAGACAAGCCACCUAGACAUCGCAAAUUAAAAAGAAAACCAUAUCGAUUGAAUUCAUAUGAAUUGGAGCAAGAAGCUCUAGAAAAAGCAAAAUAUGAUAAAUUGAAAUUCAUGAAAAACGAUGAGGCUUGUUUAUUUUCUCAAUUUUUUCUUGCAUAUCCAUAUAUAUUAACGAGACUUACACCUAACACAAAUAAUUCAAUAAAUGACCGACUUCUUCUUCUUAACAUUAAUAAAGGAAAAGUAACUAAAAAUUUAUUUAGGAAUAUUAGGUUUAUUAGAGAUUACACUGAUCCAAUUGAACCUGGUAAAAAUAAAUACGAAGUUAUUAUCUAUAAUUGUAGUGAAAAAGAAUUUUCUGACGAUGGUAAAAGAGCAUUACUUGAUGAUAAAAAAUUUUUGAUAAAAUUACAUGAAUCGAAAGCAAUAAUUAAUAAAGAUGUUUUUGGAAAUUUUUUGAAUCCCUUGGUUCUGUUAUUGGCUCUUAAUAACAAAAUAGAAUAUGAUUCAGAUCCAACUCAUGGAAUUUCUCAGAAAGAUAUUAACGAUUUGUGUAAAGAGCUUCAUAGUUACCGAAAACAAAUUGAUACUAAUAUUAAUACAUCGAACCCAUUUCAAUUGGCUGAUCAUUUUGCUGACCAAACAAAACGUGAACAACAAAAAAAGUUGGAGUUGCAAUUCCAAUAUAAACAAUUACAAGAACAGUUGUUGCGGGAACAAAGGCAACAUCAAUUGCUACAACUACAACAACAACAAAGGUUGCAACAGCUACCACAACAACAACCACAGCAAUCGCCUCAAUUACAGCAAUCGCCUCAGUUACAACAAUCGCCUCAAUUAAUACAAUCACCUCAAUUAAUACAAUCACCCCAAUUAAUACAAUCACCCCAAUUACAACAAACAUCUCAAUUACAACAACGACAAUUACAACAACAGCAAAGACAACAACAGUUACAGCAAACGCCCCAAUUACAACCACAACAAACGCCCCAAUCGCAACAAAUGCAAUUACAGCAGCAAAUACAAUCGCACCAACAGCAGUUACAGCAGUUAAAACGACAACUAUCUCAAUCAGACAAUUCAACAAUGGCAUUGAAAAAUUCUUCUGAAAAACCAAAAACCCAACAUUUAUAUUAUAGUGACGAUAAGGCUGGGAUGCAACAAAAUGCUGUUCCUAUUACAAACAUGGCUGCAAAUCAACAUCCUUCAGUGACUUCCAUACAACAAAAUGUAAAUCAACGUCCUAACAUAGCUGCCAUACAACAAAAUGCUACCAUGAACGUAGCUACAAAUCAACGUCCUCCUAUAACUUAUGUUCAACGUGGUGGUGCGAAUCUUUGA